AUGUCGUCCAUCAAGAUCACCUCCAAGACCACGACCGCCACUACCAGCGCCUCCAACACCCCCUCAGGCUCCCGCCGCAACUCCCUCACUUUCGGCUCUCGCCCCACCUCCGUCGCCCACAAGACCCUCCAAGAGAUCCGCGACGAAAUGAUGACCAUCAUGAUGUCCAAGGGCAUGUUCACUUCUCCCUCUCAGCCCUUCGUCUUGUAA